AUGUUGAGUAAAAAACGCAAAAUCGACAGCGAAAAUAGGAAGUUUAUGAACGAGUGGACUGAACUAUAUUGUUUUAUAUUGCCUGAAAGGGUUGGAGCCAUUCCAGUCUGUUUAAUUUGCAAUUCAACUGUUACUAUUAUUAAAAGUGGAAAUUUAAAACGGCAUUAUGAAACUACUCAUAAAGAUUUUCAUACAAAAUUUCCUCCAGGCAGUGAAUUGCGUAAAAAUAAGCUCCAUGCAUGUAUGUUAUCUUACAAAAAUAGUACGACUACACUUAUACGGUGUAUGAGUGAACAAGAGAAAUCAACUGAAGCAGCGUUGCGUGUGUGCUGGGUUCUUAAUAAGCACCAAAAACCGUUUUCCGAUUCCGAAAUAGUAAGAGUGUAUGUUGGAAGUGGCCACUGCACUUUUUCAAGAAAAUAA